AUGGAGAGCGACGAGGAAAAAGAGUUUGAGAGCGAAGAGGAGAGGUGCGACGGGCCGUCCACGGACGGAGACGGCGAGAGCGACGGAGGAAGGGAGGAUGACACGGACGACGAGCGCGGGACGGGGCCAGGGAUGGGAAACGGAGGAGGAGACCGACAAGCGGCCGGAGAGAGAGACAUGGCGGCGUGGAACGGGUUUAUUUCGGGAGGGGCGCAGGUGGACGGAGAAACUGAGGACGGGAUUUUGGAAGAGUGGAAACCCGGCGAUCCGGUCACCCCUCGGCGUGUUCUUAGACUGACAGCAUACACCGAGGACUAUCUGUGCUCUCCUGAGGACAACAUCUACAACAUCAGUUUCUCACGCUUCAAAAUCAGAGACCUGGAGAGUGGAGCUGUCAUUCUGGACCUAAAGAGACACUGUCCAACAGAAAUUAAAGAUGUCAUCGAACUGGACGCAGGCCGAUUCAUACAGUAUAGUUUCUCCCCGUCUUUCCUGACUCUAAGGGAAAUUGGAGCCACGUUGGAGUUUACAGUGGGCAGUAAGGCCGUGAACAGAUUCAGGCUUAUCGAAAGGCAUUACUUUAGAGACCUGCUCCUGAAAAGCUUUGACUUUGAGAUCGGUUUCUGUAUCCCAUACAGCAGAAACACAUGUGAACACAUUUAUAGCCUCCCUGACCUUGAAACCCACACAAUUGAGGAGAUGAUUGCCCAUCCAUUUGAGACACGGUCAGACAGCUUCUACUUCGCCAACAACAAACUCAUUAUGCAUCACAAAGCUGAGUACUCCUUCAGUCCAAACUCAGUCCCGGGUUCAGCCUGAGUGACACACAGCAUAGAGAAAGAACAUGCCCGUUACCAUGGCAAUAAAGAAUGUGCAUUCCAAAUCACCUACAACUAUCAGAAUAAAUGGGGGAACAGUGUGUAUUUGUGUG